AAGUCAAUUUUGCCUGCUGCUAGGAUCGAUAAGACUUUUUAUGUCUUGAAGUUUUAGGGCUUCCCCGGUCGUGAUCACUCUGGCCGAGCCUCACCAGCGACCACGCGCCGAAUUUAGUGGCGCAUUCCUCUCCCGGCGUUCCUUCGCCGCCACUCGCGACGCGAUUUCCCGGACUAGCGACGACCAGUUGCACAGCAUCGUGCGUCCUUAGCGUCUGGUUGAUCUCCUGUGCCGUCCGUUCAGCCAUUCCCCCGCUCCCGAGGAAGAGGCGUCUUUUCGCCGGAGCAGGUUCUCGCGAGCGAUUGAAAGUAUCGCGAACGUUUGAAGGUAUCGCGAACGAUUCAAGGUAUCGCGAACGAUUCAAGGUAUCGCGAACGAUUCAAGGUAUCGCGAACGAUUCAAGGUAUCGCAAACGGUUUGAGUAAUUGCGAACGACCAGAGGGAUCGCGAACGAUACUUGGGAUCACGAACGGUUAAAUGCCCGGGAUGGGUCAAGAAAACAGCGGCAACGGUGGAAAGGCGAAGGGAGGGAAGAAGAAGGGAAUGAGGGGGUUGAAAGAGGUGGAAGAGAGACGAGAGGAGGUGGAGGUGGAGGGGGAGGGGGAGGAAGAGGAGAGAAGAGAGGAGGUGGCGGAGGUGGAGGAGGAGGAGAGAAGUGUGGGGGAAGAAGAAGGGUUGAGUGACGAGGGGGAGGAGGAGGAGGAAGAUGCGGAGGAAGUGGAGGGGGGAGAAGACGAGGACGCGGAGGAGGAGGGAGAGGAGGAGGAGGAGGGAGAGGAGGAGGAGGAGGGAGAGGAGGAGGAGGAAGGAGAGGAGGAGGAGGAGGAAGAAGGAGAGGAAGAAGAGGAAGAGGAGCAGGAAGAGCAGGGGUUAGAGAGCAAGAAGCGGAAGCGGAAGCGGAAGGAGGGGCAGAAGGGCGGGGGAGACGGGCAAGCGGCGGCAGGUGCGGCGGGGAAAAAGGUCGCCGUGGGGAGCAGCAAGGCGGACAUGGUCGCCAAGGAAGCUUCCGCGAAGGGGAAGGGGAAGACAGCCAACGGGGGAAAGGCGGAUAAGGCGGAUAAGAAAGAGAAGGAGGGGGAGAAGGACAAGGAGGGAGGGAAGGAGGGGAAGGCGGCGAGGGGCCCGGGCAGCGACAUAAUGAGUGCGGUGGCAUUCGACACGCUUCAUAUCUGCGACGGCACGCGCAAGGGCAUCGAGGAGAUGGGCUUUAAGCACAUGACCGAGGUCCAGGCUCGGACCAUACCGCACCUGCUGGCUGGGAAGGACGUGCUGGGCGCGGCGCGCACAGGCUCGGGGAAAACCCUGGCGUUCCUUAUCCCCGCUAUUGAGCUGCUGUUCCGCGGCAACUUCAUGCCGAGAAACGGCACGGGCGUGAUCGUCAUCUCGCCCACCAGAGAGCUCGCCAUGCAGAUCUUUGGAGUGGCCAGAGAUCUCAUGUCCCACCACAAGCAGACGUUCGGCAUCGUGAUGGGUGGUGCCAAUCGCAAGGCGGAGGCGGAGAAGCUUAUAAAGGGGGUGAAUCUGCUGGUGGCGACGCCAGGGCGGCUGCUGGACCACCUGCAGAACACCAAGGGCUUCGUGUGCCGCAACCUCAAGUGCCUCGUGAUCGACGAGGCGGACCGGAUUCUGGAAGUGGGGUUUGAGGAGGAGAUGCGGCAGAUUUUGAACCUGUUGCCCAAGGACCGCCAAACCAUGCUGUUUUCGGCCACCCAGACCACCAAGGUGGAGGACCUGGCGCGAGUCAGCUUCAGCCGCACGCCCGUGUAUAUUGGCGUGGAUGACGGGCGGCACAAGGCCACAGUGGAGGGCUUGGAGCAGGGCUACUGCGUGGUGCCCAGCGAGGAGCGCUUCCUGCUGCUGUUCACGUUUCUCAAGAAGAACCUCAAGAAGAAGGUGAUGGUCUUCUUCUCUUCCUGUGCAGCUGUCAAGUUCUACUCGGAGCUGCUCAACUACAUCGACAUCCCUGUCUUGGACAUCCACGGCAAGCAGAAGCAGCAGAAGCGCACGAGCACGUACUUUGAGUUCGUUAAUGCGGAUAAGGGCAUUCUGCUCUGCACUGAUGUGGCGGCCCGGGGGCUGGACAUCCCGGCUGUUGAUUGGAUCAUUCAGUACGACCCGCCCGAUGAUCCCAAGGAGUACAUCCACAGGGUGGGGAGAACAGCACGAGGCGAGGGCGGCAGCGGGCGUGCACUGCUCUUUCUCAUCCCAGAGGAGCUGCAGUUUCUGGUGUACCUGCGGUCCGCUAAAGUGCCUCUCAACGAGUACGAAUUCCCCAGCCACAAGAUCGCCAAAGUGCAGCCGCAGCUGGAGCGGCUGAUCGCCAAGAACUACUACCUGCACCAGAGUGCCAAGGAGGCUUACCGCGCCUACCUGCUAGCCUACAGCUCGCACGCGCUGAAAGACACCUUCAACGUGCACCGGCUGAACCUGCAGGGCGUUGCAGCAUCGUUUGGCUUCAGCAGCCCGCCCAAGGUCGUGAUCAAUAUGGAUAGCAACACAUCCAAGUUCCGUAACAAAGCACACAAAGGAGCCCGAGGCCCGGGGAAAUUCAGUGCAAGCGGACAUGCCUUCAGUGCAAGUAAUCCGUAUGGGAAGAGAGGGUCUGACGAUAAGAGGCAGUUCACACGGAUUUAGCUCAUGUGUGUUAUGAGUUAUUUUGGCAGGGAGAUAUUUCAAACAAAUGAACUGGUCUCUGGUGCUGAUGAUGAUAGCGCUGAACAGGCCCCUAGAUUGGUUUUUAGGAGCCCUGAUCGCUCAGGAUCCCCCCUGAGUUUUUCUCUGAUUUUUCAGGGUUGGUCCCAAAAAAAUUCC